AAUUACAAACACAAAGUCUAUUCAAAAUCAAAUAGAAACUCAUAAUUAUUGAAGUUCUUAAUUUUGUUUGUCUAAAGUGAGCUAAAUUUUGAUAAAAGAAAAAAUGUGCAGUAAAGUAUUAUUUCUAUCGGUGAUUCUUGCAAUUGAACUUUUCAAUGUGAAUGCUUCCAUUAGACCAACUACUCUAUUCAUAAAACAAAGAGCCGAAGAAGCUCUUCAGGAGCAAAUUCUGAAAUCAAAAUCUGACAUAAGUUCAUGUCAUACUUACUAUUCGGAAAUUUUGAAAAAUCUUCUGGAAACUUACGAUGCAGCUGUUAAGCAAUGUGAAGAUACUGAAAAAGAACAACUUUCUGAUCUUCUGACUCAAGGGCAACAAUCCAGGGACACAACAACAGAACUUCUAGAUAAAGUCUGUUUAAAUCUCCAAAGGUGCAAAGAAGAACCUGAAAAUUUGGAAUUCUUCGAUUGCGUCGAUGAUUCAGGUGACUCAAAUACUCGUUCUAUAUGGAAAGCAUCAAGGGAUUCAUCAGAUAUCGCAGCACACAUUAGAGAACAGAAUCAUGCGAUUAAAUUCGAAGCCGAAAAAUGCAGUAGUGAUGCAGAACGAGAGUAUAUUGUGGGCACAACCAAAGCUACUGAUGAAAUGGUAGCUUGCUAUGCUAAUGGAGGCAGACCACCAUCGACUGCUUCAUCAGAACCUGAUCAAAUUGAUGAGAGCGCUCGUUAAAACAAAAAAAAUAAAGAAACAUCUUGCUAGAAACUAGAAAACUAGGAUUAGAACACUCUUAAAAAUCAAUAUAAACAAUCAUAGUGUCAAAAUAUUAAACUGAUUUGUUAAAAUUACAACUAGUAUUUUAGAUAAAAUUUUCUAUACACUUUAUGUGUGCUUAAUAAAAGGUGUUCCAAAAUUAA